GCCAGUUAAGUCUCAGAUGUUUCUGUCAAGAAAUGUUUCUACUCAACAAUACUAUAUUUUGUUGACAAACGUGUUUUGUUUAUUGAUGUCCAUGUUAUCAUCUGCACUUUAUAUAUUCCAACAGAUUCAUUUGGGUAAUUUCAAGAAUUUGAUCUAACAUCACUUGGAGUGAGCUUGUUUCUUGUAGCGUAUAUUUUUUCUUUUUGUUUGAUAUUUCAGGAUCAUUGAGUUGUGAAAACAAAUGUAGAUAAUGAAAUGCCUGAUAUACUACUUGACAUUUCCCUGGCUAAAUUGUACCUACUUUAAGCAAACUAUAUUUGCUAUUUUUUUAACUGCGCUUGUAUGAAACGGAGGCCUUGCAGAGCAAUGAUAUGUCUCUCGUUCAAUUCGAUCUGACUUUGAAUUGACUGUAUCACGUUACAACUAACUUUACUUUGAACUCAUGCUGGGGGUACCUCGAUCAUCAGGUGUAAACGUUUAAUCAAUGGAAGGGAUGGCAUCAACAAUGGUCGUCAUGAAGAUGUUGACACAAAUUGUGUCACAUUUCCUCUCCAGGUGAAUAUUGACCACAUACCCACUUUAGAAUUGCUCUGAAUUGUGUGCCCAAGAAUUCAAAGUGCUAGAAAUAAAAGCACUGGAAUUUGUCAUCUGAGCUGAAAUCUAAACUAUCACAUGACCUGAGCAACCCUUGAGGAGGGGCUAGUAGAGAAGCAACACUCUAGUGCUUAGUCAUAUUUUUAAAAAGGGACAAAUGUUGUUAGAAACAACAAAGAAUUGAACAAUAAUGACUGUACACUGACAGGUGGGCAUAUCAAAGAUUAUAGCAAGUUUUUAGUGCAAGCACAAGUUGUGUAAACUCACAGUACAAAUCACUUCUAAAUGAAUUCCUGAGUCACGACCAAUUGAGUCAAUUAAUUUGAACCAUUAAAUAUGUGUAUAUUGUCAACAUACAUUGUACAUGCAAGUAGAAACUCCCGUUCAGUUUACAUUGGAGUUACUUAAGUUGAGUAGGUAGCUUAAAUUCAAUAGAAAAAACUUUAUAUCUGAAACGAUACACGUUAAUCAUCUACCUGUAUAUGUAAAGCAAGUUCAUAACACUUUCUAAAAUUAGAAAAUCCAUCUUGCUUGUAAUAUGUACACACAUCAUAAUGAUUACAGAUAGUUUCUCGAAGACUGUUCUUCCAUCGGUGUACUUUACAGAAUGAGAGUAGCUCAGUCACUUCAAAAGUCUAAAAUUAACUCCAAAUAGCAACCCAGAGCUUAUAAUACCAACCACACCAUGAAGAAACUUGUCUUAAAAAAUCAAAUUGCAAACAGAAAUGUUUUCUUUUCACAAGCCUUAAACAGACAAAACAAGAGACUCCAAACAUUCUCACCUGGGGCAUAAAAUAUUGACAUUCUGACUUCAUUGCAUAGGUUGAUUUACAUGACAAUUGGCAUGAUGUUUAGAGGCGUCUGGGUUACAUCAAAGAACAUGUUUGCCCUUCACUUGAAGUUCUGUCAGUCCACCACAGCAGAUACCUCAUUGUCCUUGUGUAUUGAUUUUGGCUGUGUCUUGUGUUGCUAUGUUUGAGUCUGUGGUUUCUGGUUUAAGCUGCUCAGCCAAAGAAGAGGCCAUGAUGAAUACCGUUUAAUAUCAGAUGGAUAAGAGGACUUCCCACUCUGGUGUUAAGAUUAGAGGUUGACAUUGAGUACUCCUCUGAAGAUGUAAAUUGUAAUUGGCAAUCCAUUUUGAUGGGUCUCCUCAGGAAUGGUCAACAACUUUGUCACAACAUGGAUUUUCUCAACACCAGCUUUUGAUCAUUGGUUGUAUUUCACCGUAACUGGAAAAAUUGAUGUUACCUGCUUUUAACAGCAUAUUAGUCUGGUAUGAAAAAGUGGUGUGGAACUAUGAAACCAAUAUGAUAUAUUUUAGGAGAAUGUGAAAAGCACAAGAAGCCAAAGGAGACCUUUGAGUUUUCCGUCUCUGCUGUUGGAUUUAUUAUUCCAUGGCUCUAUCUGCCCCAAGCGGAAGCAAACCCUCAUCGGAUGAAAAGAACCAUGUUGGUUUGGAGUGUUCAGUUUGUUGGUAGCAAUGCGACCAUGAUUCCUGCAUUUCCUAGUUGUUUGUGAACCAGCAAAGUUCAGUUUCGGCCAGAGGAGCUUCCGUUGCUAAGGAAAUAGCGCCUUCUCUUUGUCUAGUUCGAGGCCUAAGGACAAGAUUCCUCAAACUGCUGCCAAAGCAUCGGACUCAGUUCUGUGGACAUUUCCAAUUGUAUUGAUUCCAAACAUGUUGACCACGUCACGGUCAACGUCACCCGUGCUUCCGUCAGUGCGCAUGCACAGCAGGGCCCAAUCUGCAGCCUUGCCUUCUCAGAGAGCACCCUCUGUGAUUAGUAAUGAUGCACAGUCGGCAUACAGCCAGCAAAGCCGCAGUACUUUUGUUCGGAAGCUUGGGAUCCUGAUGGCUGAGCACCUGUCCACUAGUCAUGAGUUAUACCAAAAGUAUCAGAGCCCAUCAGGAAUAAAUAUAAGACGACAACAACAAAGGGCAGGAACAUCUAUGUCAUCCGUCAGCUGCUCUGCUAGUGUUCCUUGGACUUUCUAUUCCACCACCAAGAUGAAGCAGCUUCCCCUCCCCCAGGUGCAAAGUUCAGAGGUCUUGCGAGCCACAUCCCCCAGCCCCAGGGGAAAAAGAAACAUCAGUGUGUGCUCAGAGAGAUACCUAGGAACAUCGGUGGUUGGUCAGCCACAUCGAAGAAGUAAAUCUGCUGCUGAGGUUCUCCAUCCGGCGUCUUCCACCGGGGCAACAAGUGAUCAAGUGAGACGUUUUGAGGAGGAAAGGAUUGCACUGUUACAGGCUAGGACACUCAAGAAGACAACCAAAGUUAUGGCUCACCGCAAGGACAGAAAGUACCAUAUGUGUGGAUCAGCAGUGCCAAUUCACGAUCGCUACAUGGUAGACAGUGAAGAGAUGGAUCAGCUAAGACAACUCAUCCAGGCUAGGUCAACCAAGAGAGAGAGUACCCUAGUCACCUACUACGGCAGAUACGGAGUCAGGAUGGGCAGUGGACGUGGUACUCCGCAGACAAAACUGUCAUCAGCCACCAAAGAACAGAAAGAGAAACGAGAAGGUAAUGAUACUGACGCAUCUCAAAUCCCCAUAGAAACCACUGAGAAUGGAAAUAAAGUUACCAUAGCAACACCAAUUAAUGAAAAUGAAGAGUUUGUUCAUGCUGCUAAAUCUGCAGCAGCUGUUGGUAAAGAGAAUGACAAAAGUGAUUUGGCUAAAAAUGAUGUUGAGAGGAUAGAUCAUGAUAAUAACCAGAAGGGAGAGGUCAUGGCAGACGUUGAAAACUCUGUUUGUGAGGAAGAACAUGAAAAAGUUAAUGAAGCGGAAGAGGCAACAAACGAACAAGACAACCCAGAUCAUAAUCCACCAAUUAGCAACGAUGGAGGUCAGGAUGUUGACCAGCCAGUAGAGGGCGCCAUAACACAGACCACUGAUGAUGUCCAGGAGAGCCCAGACACUGAACCCAAGGGGGAUGAGACAAAUCUGAGGAAACCAGAUGUCAAGGAGAACCCCGAUGAAAACAUUAGAGAAGAAAGAGUAGAGACAGUUGAUAAUGAAGAGAAAGGGAUCCUCACACCAGAAGAUGAACAUGACGCCGUGAGGACAGAUGAUGGUGAUACAGAUAACGGUUCUGGUAGCACAGAUGAGGUGGAAAUACAAAACAUGAUGCCAAAUGUCAAGAUUUCUAAGACAACAGCCAAAAAGAAAGGAAAGGAUGCCUUCAUGACAGAACUUGAGGGAGCAGACGCAGAUUAUGAUGAUAUCCAGGACAUGCUUGGUAAUUUUAAGCCUGAUCGUCCUACCUCUUCAAAUGGAAAGGAUACAGAUAGCUUUGAUUCAUCUAGAGAAGAAACUAGCCCAGGAGAACUCGCUGCUAGGGCAUCAGAGGAACCAAGUCAUCCAACUGCUGAGGAAGCCCUUCUUGGAAUGAUCGUUAGUGAUGACAAGAUUGCAGCCAUGGAGGAAAGUUUAAGUAGGAUUGACCGUCUCAAAGGAGGCAUCAAAGAUGUUGGACAUCUGGAAGGAUCAGAGCUGAACCUGGAUGAGCUGAAUAUUGACAAUCAGGACAUUGAUUACGGACAGGAAGUGUUUGGAAAAGUCCGUAAUGAUGAGGAAUUGAAGGAGGUUGAGAGAUUAAGGGCGGAGAAGAAAGAAGCUAGAAGUGCUAAGGCCAGGAAGGCAGAUGACUCCAUCAUGGCCACAGCCAAAGUGGAACAAGCAAAGUCUAAGAUGGCAGACAUCUAUAAUUUCAUCAGCCCUCGGCAGCAAGAAGUGUUUGAGAAGAAAUUUCAGGAGUUGGAUAUUGAUGGGAACGGUGUCAUCACUUUACAGGAGCUCUUUAAGAGAAUGUAUAGAGGCAAGACCAACAGACAAUUAGGCCGAGCAUUCAUGCAGGUGUUUGACCUAAACAAAGACCAAACAAUCGAUGAGCGUGAGUUUGUAAUCGUCGCUGCGCUCAAUGAUAAGCUAACAGGGAAACUAACUGAGUCAGCAGAUGCUCCUUUGGAGUUGGAUCUAGACAGGCUUGCCCAGAGCAUCACGGCUUACAAGGAAAUUUUCCAGGUGACUGAUCAAGAUGCUGAUGGUCGCUUGACCCUUGAAGACAUCAUGUUAGUCAUCUGUCUCUCAGGAAACCUAGAGACCGGGAUUGACCCAGAGGUUGUCCAGCAUGUGUACAACACCAUCGAUGCGGAUGACAGCGGCACCAUUGAUUUCAUGGAAUACUUAACCUACAUUCCUUUCUUCCUCAAGUUACAUAAGAGGAUGUCAGAAAGUCGGCAUAUCACCAUAGCAGAGGUAGAGAGAGCCAGAGAAGCUGUAAGGAGUGCUAUCCUCAAAGUGAGAGGAACAAAGGAUGUAACAAUGAAGUCAUUCUGAGAUGCCAGAUGGAAAAAGAACUUAUCUCCAAGUCGAAAGGAUAGAGGAGUAAUGAACGAAAACUCUUGUUGUUAGAGUGGAUUGCAGAGUGAACAAUGUAUGAAUCCAAAUGGUCACCAUGACAAUGGUAUUUCUACAGAGUCACUUUGGGGAAGAGUUCCAUGAGAGUUACACCACGAACACACAAACUAAAAACACGAAACACUCUCAUGUGACUGGGAAUUUUACAUAAAUCUCUUUUGCUCUUCCAUUUGCAUGCAUGACUUUGUUUUUUUUUUUACUUGAAGCAUUGAAAACUGAUUUCUUUAAAUAUAAAAAACAAACGUUAUUCCACCCAUUUUGCAGAAACGUUGCUUUAACAUGGUGCGUGUGAACAAAAUAACUUUUACCUAUCUAUACAGUAAAUUCAUAUUUUUGACGGCAUAUAUUUAUAAUAUUUCACUAUACCAUUUAAUUUAUAUAUUUUUACCAUACAAUCUUGUAAAUACAUAAUCCUAUAAAAGUGUUGUUUAAGUUUUCACCUUGUUUUCCAUGCUGGAAAGUUGGGCAGCUUCAAUUUUGAUUUUUAACAAUUAAUGAUGAACAUGACUGUUUACUUGACAUUCAUAGUUGACAUUCGUAGUUUUAUUCAGGUUGGAACUACUAUGCUUAACCCACAAUCAAAGACUGUUACAUGGAAUUAUUUUGUAGAGUGUAAGAAAUAAGCUUUUAAACAUAUUUGUCCUAGUUUCAGAUUUAUGUAUCAUGUGUGCUUAACUGAAUUUAUUAUAAAAAUAUAUUCAAAUGAAUGUG